AUGAUGCGAUCUUUACUUUUUGGACUGUCCGUUGUGACAGCUGUGACUGCGCAGCAGACUGCUUGGGGUCAAUGCGGUGGAUUGAACUGGAAAGGAGCUACGACAUGCGUCAGCGGAUAUGUCUGUACAUACAGCAGUGAAUGUUCCUCACCAACAACACUCGCCACCACGACGACAGCUGGCGGCUCCGUUCCAACUGGCAGUGGUGCCGGCCCAGGAACAACACUCCAAACAGGCUACUACUGGAUACGCGCCGUCGCAGCUCCCAACUUCCACAAAUACCUCCAAACGAAGCCCAUCUACCUCCCCGGUACCGCAAUCCUCGAAUCUUAUACCACAGCCGGACAAUUCGCAAUCGUAGAUGGCCAACUCGUCGAAUUGCUUACACCAACGACAUUCCUAUAUGCCAAUGUGAUAGCAAAUACCGCGUCCGGGGCGACGAAGCUGGCUGUCGAGUUCAAGACACAGAAGAAUACGUAUGGCACGUUUGCGUGGAGUGGUGAUGCGUUGCAAUGGAGUGUUGCUGGGGUGAGUAGGCCGAAUCUGAGCGCGUGGUUGGUUUGUGAGGGGCAGAGUCUUUGGGUCAAUUUGGGAAGCUAUGGAUACAUGACUCCAGCUGGAUGUGUGGAUCAGACUAUUCAUUACUAUAAUGAUAAGACUGCGAAUGCGUGA